AACACUGUGGAUUCCAGCUAGAUGGGUGAAGCCCUGGAUUGAUGCAGCCAAUGGCCAGUAACCUCCUUGAGCAGCUCUCCAUAUCCGUGAACACAGCCCUCGAGCAACUACGAGGAUUGACUGGACUCGAAUUAAAUUGGGAGACACCGCAGGACUGGGUAUCAAUCGUUACCGAGCUCCGUGGAUACCGUAAACAAAUUACCAUACCAGAUAUUGAGUGUGAAAGCUGCCCUGGGCCGUGUUCUGUGUGGGUCAGGUUGUUAUGUGGGGGAUGUGGUAAGAUUGUGUGGAUUGUAAAAGGGUUAUUGAGAUCACCUUGGUGUAGGAAAUGUUACCAUGAGUGGCUAAGCGUUAGGGAAGAGAAUGCAGUAAGGUCCUUCAUCGCGUAUAGGAGGACACAAGGGUUAGACCCCACGCAGGAAGAACUUGAGUGGGUAGAAAGGGCUUUUCAGAUUCAGCAACAUGCAGUUAAGAUUGAGAAACAAAACUACUCCAGCGUUAUGGGAGUUCAGUGUGUGGGUAACAUUUUUAUCCCACCAUGGUGGCAAGUGGAAGAUAACAACUGGGGUGAAGUACUGGCUACUAGGGCUAUGGUUGAGCAGUCAGCUCAUAACUACCACAGCAAUCCUGGACAUCAACCCGAGAGCUAAUAUGUGGAUUGCAUGGGCCAAUGCAACAGGAGUUAAUUCCUUUUGCUUAUCCAUGGCUACCCCAAGUGAUCCAUUUAGAACAUGUCUCAUUGGACUACCCUUAAUGGAUUUUGAAGAAUUUGAUGCUUGGACUAAAUUCAAAAUAGAAAGAAAUCAUACGGUAGCAUGCAUAGCGGCCUUUUUAUCAACUAGAGUCCCAAGGGUACAACCAUUUCUUAAUAGCCAGUGUAACCAAACAAUUUGCCCCCCUUGUCAAAGAGGAUCAUUUAUGCCAACAACAUUUGCACAACAAAUGGCCAAUAUUACGAUGAAGUUAAAUAGAACAGGAACAGAACCUCAAGAACUGCAGCUGUUGGGAUCUAAGGCAGGAAACUAUUGUAUCGAGUUCGGGCAUCCCGGAGAAUACCCAUGGGAAGACCCGCUUAGCAGGCCCAGUAAUGGCAGUACUAUUGUGUCUCCUUUUGACCAUAGAUAUCAGAAAGGCACUUAUUGUGGGUCUAAAUUUAUUGCAAGUAUUAAUGCUAUCAACCGAGGACCAAAACAAUUACCACCUGGAAUCUUUUUAAUCUGUGGGGAUCGGGCAUGGGCAGGUAUACCAUCAAAACCUUGGGGAGGCCCCUGUUAUCUUGGAAAACUUACGAUGUUUGCCCCCGAUUUUCAACAACUUUUGCAUGCUAAUGGUACUUGGAAUCAGAAGCGAAUCAGGGAGCGGCGAUCAACUAAGCUGCUGGGAGAAGGUUGUCAGGAUGAAGUACAGCUAUGGGACAAGCCCGCAAAUACCAUUGCUUCUAUACUUCUCCCCGGGGCUGCAGCAGCACAGGCAUUAAAUCAAUUGGGAAAACUUGCCUGUUGGACCGAGAAACAAAUAAAUGUAACCACAAAUAUAUUAUCUCAGUUAGCUGUAGAUGUUAGUAGUGUUAGGCAUGCGGUAUUGCAAAAUCGCGCUGCUAUAGAUUUUUUAUUAUUAGCUCAAGGACAUGGGUGUCAGGAUUUUGAAGGGAUGUGUUGUAUGAAUUUGUCAGAUCAUUCUGAAUCUAUUCACAAGCAGUUACAACAAUUGAAAGACAAUAUGAAGAAAAUCACCGUUGAGUCAGCCCCAGUGGGUGAAUGGUUGGACUCCUGGGGUAUGAGAGGAUGGGUGAAAAAUGUACUUAUGAUGUUGGUUGGACCAGUUUUGCUUGUUGUUAUAAUUUUGCUUUUUGGACCAUGUAUUUUACAAUGUAUUCAGAACCGCUUAAUUGCAUUAACUACGGCCUUGUUAGAAAAACACGCUAACCUCGUAAUCCAAAAAGAAAGCGGGGGAAGUGUGGAGACUUUUGUGGCAGAAUGGUUAGGCGAGAAAGGCCAUGACUGUAUAAACUUGCUAGAGAUAAAACAUAACUAGUGUAGAGACAGUUUCAAGGCCGGACUGCCCUUGAGAUGUGGGGAGGAGAACAAGAAUGUGGUAAACAGAACGAAAAAGAAGGAACAGGGACG